UUUUGCACCACGAAAACUUUCCCAUAGUUUCUACACUCCAUCCUACAUUGCCAUCGCUGUACAAAUAUCUGGUGCCUGCCUGGUACCUCUGCCGUACCCAUAUCCGCACCCUAAAAUCCAUACUACCAACAUCUGCGAAAAGUCUACCUAUACGUUCCUUAGAAGAUGUUUGUCCUCAGAAAUGGUAAGUGCGAACCCUGUUGAUGGCCCGAGAAUUCCUACCAAAUUACCCCUCGUCGCGUCACCGUGGGGAUGGAGAUGGGACCGCGCUUGCCUACAAUAUUGACUGCCACCUGCACCUGCUCCAGCACCAGCGCCUUCGCAUCAUCAAAAAUCGUCACCGUCACCGCCUUGCUAACUUCCCUUUGCAGUCGGAAAACUGAUCUUCGGAGAUACCUCCAAAGAAUCCAUUAUCGAGAUCCCACAAGGCCAACUCUACAUUGUCCGACCGCUUUCACCCAAAGGUUACUCGGAGUUGAUCUUCAAAGACGCCGCCGCAAGAAUCAGAAAGACCAACCAAGACUUCCAAUACCAACUUGUCAUUCAACGCGCAUACGAAGAGGGAGAGGAGGAGUUGUUGGACGACGAGGACGGCGAGGACUCGACCGCAUCUGUCUUAGCGGCCGAGCGAGACGAAAAGACAUUUUUACUCGACGAGAGUCUGCACUUCCGAUCGGAAAUUCGACAAGGCGGAGAGAAGGUUUUGGCUUGGAGAGAUUUGAGUGGUGACGCCGGUGAUAUCUACCAAUUUGUCUGCGACGGAUCGGUCGACGACGCUCAAGUGCAGGCUUUUGAACUCACUGCCGUUCGCUGUCAAUACGAGCGCAAGCACCGCAAAAACCACACAACUGCUACCACACAGGAUCUUGCUGCGUUCACCUUUGUCGACGAGCCGUCAAUACCUUCUGCGAGUCCUAUCCACAGCCCCCUACAGAGCCCGCAACAACUAUCGCCGGUACAAACAAUGCCCCUCACGACGAGAAGCACUGCCAACUCGGCAUUAAAGCGGGAGAAGCGUGAGAAGCGUGAGAGUACACCAUCCAGAGAGACUCGAGAAGAGACACCCCAAGAUGAAGGUCCAACCGCUGCGCCUCCGGUCGCUGAACAUCCCGAAGCAAGAUCCAUCUUAGGAGAGGAGAUGGCUGAGCUCCAUCUGUUCGACUUUCAAUCUGGCGCAUUCAUCCUUCAAGAUCCUGCCGUAAAGGCCACCGUCUCGGAAGUUGGCAAUUGGCGAUACUACCUACAAAUUGAAAGCGAUGAUAGAGAUUGGCUUGGCCAGGACAUUAUUGCGGACAUCAAUCCUGUUUUCAGUUUCGAGUAUUUAUCAUGUAUCUUCAAUGCAUACUCUGCAAACGGUGACGCAUACUCCUGGUUGUUACGAUUUAAAGACGAGCCGACUCUACUCCGUUUCCAGGAAGGUUUGAUGCAGGCUUUGUGGGAGCAACUGAAUGAGAUCAAGUGGAACAAAGCCAAGGACGAUGAUCGAGAUUAUGUUAUGGAGGCAUUUCAAGAUCUCACCAUGGAGGAUGCGGAGGAAUACCCAGAGGAGGAGGAAGAGGAAGAAGAGAUUGAGGAUGAUGGUCAGCGAAGUGAGGAAUACGAUAGUGAUGAGGACGAAGACGAUGUGGUCACCAAGCCCGAUGAUGGAAAUGUCAACUCUCAACUUGCAGUCGGUUACAAACACGAUCGUUCAUUCGUUGUUCGAGGCUCCAAGAUUGGAGUGUUCAAGCACACACCUAAUAACAAUUUGGAAUUCUCGACAAACAUUUCCAAAGUCGAAACACCUGGAGGAAAGCUCUUCAGUCCUAAGAAGGUUAUGCUUCACGCUGAGGAUACCAACAUGAUUCUUCAAAACGAAAACAAUCCUAAUUCACUUUAUCGAAUGGAUUUGGAGUAUGGUAAAAUUGUGGACGAGUGGAAGGUUCACGAUGAUAUUCUAGUCAAUACUUUUGCGCCUGAAAGCAAGUUUGCUCAAAUGAGUGGAGAGCAGACCUUUCUUGGAUUAUCUCGAAAUGCGCUUUACCGCAUUGAUCCUCGUCUAGCUGGCAGCAAAUUGGUGGAUUCAGAGCUCAAGCAAUAUGUCUCGAAGAACGACUUCUCGGCCGCAGCUACAACCGAAAAGGGUUACAUUGCGGUAGCUAGUAACAAAGGUGAUAUCCGCAUGUUCGACCGUCUUGGCAUCAACGCUAAAACUCAUAUUCCUGCCCUUGGUGAGCCCAUUAUUGGUUUGGAUGUGAGUGCUGAUGGCCGAUGGGUUCUUGCUACAUGCAGAACCUACUUGCUUCUCAUUGAUGCCCUUCAAAAGACCGGCAAGAAUGAGGGCAAGCUAGGUUUUGAAAAGUCAUUCGGCAAGGACUCGAAGCCCCAGCCUCGUCGUUUAGGACUGACACCAUCUCACGUUGCGCAAUUCCAACACGAAACCGGAGUUCCAAUCUCUUUCACCACCGCACGAUUCAACACGGGCGAGGGUGUAGAAGAAACAUCCAUUAUCACCGCUACAGGCCCCUUCAUUGUCACCUGGAACAUGAAGAAAGUCCUCCGAGGUAGCAAGGACCCAUACAGCAUCAAGCGAUACGCGGAAGAAGUCAAGGCUGACAAUUUCAAAUUUGGCUCUGAUAAGAACGUUAUCGUCGCACUGCCUAAUGAGGUUAACAUGGUUGCGAAGCAAUCUCUGAAGAAGCCCACACGAGAGAGUAUUGCGAAUCCGGCACAGAUCCGUCUCGGUGGUGGUUCGUCGCGACGAAGUGAAGCUGGGAGAAUUGGGACGAGAGAUAGUGCAAGAUAUAAGCUUGGGAAGGAGGAUAUUGUUAAUUCGCCUUAUUAGGUUUCUCUCUGAGGCCUUUCUCUUUUCCUUCUCUGUGGCUGUUUGUUGGGUGGGGAGUUAAGUUACGACUCUAUGAAUCGUCUGGCGUUUUCUGUUGGUUGACGGGUUUAUUUCGUGGGGGUUACCUCUUAUUUUCAUCUACCUAUUUGGGAAGGGAUUUUUUUCAACCCGGUCGCUUGGCUUUGGGCGAGUGCGAUUGUGAUUUUUACCUACCUUUUUCGAGGCAGGUUGGCAAUGGUAGAUUACCCUGAUUACGAGCGAGUGGGUGGAUGGAUGGAUCAAUAAAUGCUGGGUUUGUCAGCAUGUGGAAGGAAGGAAUGCGAGGAAGGAACGAUGGAGGCAUUGGGAUGUGUGGUUCUGUUCCACAGAAUGGAAUGGGAAAGUGGUAGAUGGGUGGAUGGGAGGGAAAGGAAGGGAAGGGAAAUACCUUAGGUACUAGCAAGUAAUGCGAAUACAAUAU